UCUUUAUUAUCUUCAUUCUGAUUUAACAAUUAAAGAAUAUUUUUUAUGUACUUUCAUUGUUCUUUAAUGAACAAAAAUCCAUAUUUUUUUAUUUGGCUAAGUAAGUGUUAUUACAAAAAAUAAUGGAAAUUUUACGACAAAUUUAUUAAAGAAUCCCAACACGUUCAUAUGUAUCUAAGUAUUUUCUUUAUAUGUAUAUUGUGUUGUGAGAUGGCAGGCUUUCUCUCCGAAUUAAAUCGACUCAUGCCGUUUAAUUUCAGUCUUAAAUCGUACCACUCGGUCCUGCCACGUUUAUUUGUAUAUUUAUUUAAUAAUAAAUAGACAAAAAAAACAUAAUAAUUACAACUUGUUCCUUACUUGAGCAAGGGCUGAGACAUACAUUUUGCGGCUGUAAAACACUUCGUUUAAACAUAAUGUGAAACAGUUCCCCACAAUAACUUCCCAUCUAUAUCUUGUUAGCGUUUAAGUCAGCAGAUUUUUACUCAUAUUAGACAUGUUUAUCAAAUAAAAAUGUUUUAUUGUUAAAUAAGUAAGUGGUAUUCUUUUCUGUCCUUUAAUCUAACUAACGAUUAGACAAAUAAAAAAUUUAAUAAGUACACAAUCACAUUAUUUAUUCAUUUUAUUGCUAUUUUAAUAAGUUUUUAUAACUUUAGUUCUUGUUAUUGGUAUUUUAAUGAAAGCGAUAUACUGAGAGUAUUGAAGUCAUUAAAUGACUUAUCUUUGGACGAGUCACAGAGACUUUUAUGAAUUAAAAAGUAACUUGAGUAUGACAAAAACGAAUUAAAAAGUAAGACACCAGGAAAUAUUUUUGAACAAACAAUAUUUAUUUAAAAAUAUAAUAAUAUUUAACAUAUUGCACUUAAAAAUUAGGUACUAGGUAAUAUUUUAAAGUGUUUAAAAAAUUGUCAAUCCCAGGUAUUCAAGAAAAGAGGACGGUCACUUUCGAGAGUUGAUUGUAGAGUCAAAGAGCAAUAAAUAAAACGCAAAUAUGGAGUGGUCAAAUGAGAAAGCGCUCGAGUUUAUACAAUUAUUUCGCACGGAACCUUGUCUUUGGGAUCCACAACUAACACUUUACAAAAACCGCAGCGCCCAACAUGACGCCUGGCGUCGAAUCAGAAAUGGAUUACCGUUUCCAACCACCAUAGAUCAUUUGAAAAAGAAAAAAGAAUCUCUCCUGGGAUAUUACCGUAUCCAUUUGAACAAAUAUAAGAAAUCAUUAAAGUCCGACGGUGAGGUUUACAAAACUAAUUGGUUUGCGUUUGAAGCUAUGGACGAUUUCUUGAGACCCGUAUACGACGGCAAAAACACAUCGAACACGGGGGGUGUAUCAGAUGCCACGGCAUCAGAAGCUUCUGAAGAUCAAGAAACCGAUUCGCAAAUAGGUUAUCCUUCACCAACCACGUCACAUGACGACAGUUCUUCGAGCCGAGCACCAAAACGCCAAAACACUUCACUACCCAACAACCAGCCAACAGAACAACAUUUUAUUAAGAAAAAAAUAAUACCAGAACUAAUUGCAGCCAAAAAACAAAUGGACGUUGCCUUCGAUUGCAUGGAAUCCAUAACGCAAAAGCAAAGAAAAGAAUUUGAUGAAUACGACCAUUUUGGGCUGAUGAUAGCGGCAAAGAUUAGAAAAAUUAACGACUCGUUCGACAGAGAGGCUUUAAUGAAUACCAUUCAGAAUUUAGUAUUUGAAGCGAUAACGAAAAAUGAUUCUUCAUGUUUAUCACAUUCACAGAAUGGUCGACAGAGCAGGUCCUAUUCUCCAUCGGAGACGAAAAUGUCACCGUUAGUCAUAAUAGAAGAACGAUAGUUCAUGUCAACAGGAAUGUAUUGUAUUUCUUGGCUUUCACACGUAACUAAGAUCCUCCAUUGAAAUUGGUAUCAGUCAAGCCGUACUGUUCUAGGUGUGAAUGAAGGAACAUGUUGAUGAAGCAACAUUAUAAUAUUUUUUAUUGUUUAUUCACACAAUAAACUUCUUUAUUGACUCUUGAAACGAGGUCCUUCAAAUACGAUCGAUGUUAAAACAACAAGUACCCAAUUGCAUUGAACAGAUUUGCUAUCUAUCAAGGAUCAGGAAGACGCCUUUUACAAUUGGCUAACAUCGGUAGCAUGUAAACACUAUCAAACAAAAACGCAUUCGUUAGGUUCGUUCCUAUUGUAUUUUUCAGAUUUUUUGUACAUAUCUAUUUGAUAAAAAUAAAAUAGUGAUAAAUAUA